UUAUCUCUCAGUACAGCCCUGGAGCAAUUCCUGCAUCUCACCACUCUCUGCAAGCAGCAAGCUAUUUCUUUGAAUCAACAGAUAGGCUGCAUACUCAAGCCAUUUGUUCUGUUCAGGGAUUGAUCCUGAGAAAAUGGUAUUGGAAAUAAACCUGAAAAUGGAGGAUGAGAAACCUUUCUAUAUUGAAGUGACUUCGGUGAAAGGAGUGAGUUUAACCACUGGGAGUGAAAUACAAUCUCAUAUUCAACAUGAUAAAUCCAGUUCAACAGACCUGCCAGAUACUGCAGUUGAACUCAUAACUAUUGCUCCAGUUUCUAUGCAGAGUGUAACAGAUCAAGAGAAUGAUAAUGUAUCUUUGUGCCCUGUACCUGAGAUUAAAAUCAAUAUUGAUAGGACUCAAGUUAAAGUUCUAUCCUUCUCAGACAACAGCAAUAAUGUCAAAUUUAACUGUGCCAAUGACUGUCCAACAAGUUGCAACAAGAGAAAUGGUGACUUUGAGAAUAUCUUGAGGACAUUCUCUCCAGAUGAUAACAUCAUUGAAAUAAUUGCAGGAGAAACAAUGGAUGGUAAAAACAGCAACCAGUCCAAUCUAUCAGGGCAAAACCCCGAAAUGACACAGGAACUGACUGAUACCAAGGAGUCCCAAUGCUCCAGAAACUGUAGAAGUUGCUGUACAACAUUCAUCUGUAGCCUUGUUUCUGUGGGUUUGGUGUUCCUUUCACCGAUAAUAGUCACUGGAUAUUUUUUAUAUGAACUUUUCAGCUGUGUAUCUAAGUGUAAGGACCCCUGUCCUACUUAAUACUCUGCUGCUUAUUGUGCAUAUUCAGGCAUUUGUCAAAAACUACUAUGUCCUUGUAUUGUCUUCUGUCUUUACAUUGAUAAUAGCAAUUGAUAAAUGCAAUGAAGGCAUGAUAUAAAUGAUGGAUUUCCAAAAAAGGCAUAACAUUAGAUAAAUAUUAGACUAAAACUUUUCCAUUGUAUUUUAAAUUGUUUGUUAUAAUCUAAUUAGUAACAGAGAGCCUAUGAAUCAUCAUGUUACCAUUGAUAAUGUGAAAAACCCUUCAUGAAAACUGUUGAAAUACCAUUGCCAAUGGGUGAGAAUUCACUUUGUGGUUAUAAAUAUCUUUUACAUCUCACUACUGACCAUGACAUAAUCUGUUUAUAUUACUU